UGUUGUUUUAUUUAUUUCAGCAACAGCGUACUGUGUACAGACUGACUCUGGUUAAGGCCUGGAAUGUUGAUGAGCUGAGAGCCUACUCAGAGCUAGUAACUCUUGGCAGACCGGACUUCAUAGAAGUUAAGGGUGUAACCUACUGUGGUGAGAGUUCAGCCAGUAGCUUGACCAUGGCUAACGUCCCUUGGCACGAGGAGGUCAUCUGCUUUGUACAACAGCUUGCUGACCAGCUACCCGACUACGAGAUUGCCUCAGAGCACGAGCACUCAAACUGCCUCCUGAUUGCGCACAAGAAGUUUAAAGUGGACGGCGAGUGGAGAACAUGGAUAGACUACGAGAGGUUCCAGGAGCUGAUGAAGGAGUAUGAGGAGAGCGGGGGUAACAGGGUCUUCUCUGCAGCAGACUACAUGGCCAGGACCCCGCAGUGGGCAUUGUUCGGUGCCAAGGGGAGGGGCUUCGAUCCAGCAGAUACCCGCUUCCAUCGGAAAAACAAAUCAAAGGACAUCUCCGGCUGCUGACGUCGACUUCGCUGAUCUGCCUCUCUGCUGCAAACAGAAUUUAAGCUGUCCACAAAAAACACAUGGUUUGGUUUUAUUACAUGAUAUUGAACAGUUGUACCAACACUAAAUUAGCUUUAGGGGUGUGGUUAUCAAAGGGCAGUGGUAUUCACAUUUUGCUCAAGGCGUUUUGCUGACGCAGUUUGGAAAUGUUGCAGGCAGGUGUGGGCGUUGCAGCCGCUGUUUGCAAACAAAGGAGCUGCUGUUCCAGGUUGUGUCUUGUUUUGAACUACAAAACAGUCAGGUGGGUUAUAGCAACAGUUCAGUGCACCACAGCGCUGAUUUGAGAGCAAUUGUUAUUUUGCUGUGGAACCUGAUUCUUUGCUUCAGAAAUGCAGUCCUCGGUGACCUUGCAAUGGAGAGUGAACCCACUAAAGACAAGAUGUUCUUGAAAGCUUGUGAAUAAUUAUUAUUUAGUUAGUCCAAUAAAAGGUAUCACAUCUCCCUCUCUUUGUCUAACUUUAUAGGGAAACCUGUUAGAGAGAGUCACCUUUUAUUGUCUUGCAGGACUAUGAAGUUUUCAACCUGGACGUAUAGCCGUUGCAGCUCUUUGGCUGUACAGUACUGUUUCUGUUCGUUUUAACAAUGUUUUGGAUAGUGAAAUUCAAUCUGAAUGUCUGUUGGCGCCCACAAGCUUUCAUUCCCCUGUGUAGUUUUGUUGCAUUUGUUGCUUUGUGUUUUUUUUGGGGGGUUUAUUUUUUUCAAGCAUUGGAAUUGAUUCAUUUCAUCAGGUCGGAUAUGCUCAAUCUAAAUCAUUUGUUUCUGCUGUUUGUAUUUUCGUAGCAGACAGGAACGUCAUUUAGUGCCACAUCAAUGUGGAACGGACUAAAAAUAUACAGUUCCACUUCUUCAGGUAAUUUCUGACAUUUCCAUCUGCAUUACAUUCUCUGAAACUCACCCUCUUCUAAUCUACCACCACCAGAGUUCAAUUCAAACUAGGGUUGACGAAGUGUAAACUAGAUUCAGCAUUGCAAACCGGUUUGAUCAUCUGCUGCUGCCAACCUUGUUGUAAUGAACUCUUAUAAAGGGAUCUUUAAGGAGCUGAUUAACCCAGUGUGAGGUUCAGGUGCAGUUAUCUUAUUAAAUUGUACGGAAGCUGCCAACAGUGAAUACUUAAAGGGAUGCCCGUGGAUGGUACCGUUGCACAUCAGCCUCUUGAAACGGCUAUUUAGUCAGUCUGCUUAAUUACAGCAUCCCUGCUGAAUCCCACCCUAUUAAGAGAUGCAAAAUCCCUUGGUUCUGAUACGGGAGUAACUGAUCCGUCUUUGUUGGGUGUUCUUCGGUUAAUGUCAGGUGAAGAAAGAUUACAGGGCUGCAUUUAUUUGAAUGGCUUUUAUUAGUGCAGAAGUGGACGUGAACUAGAUGAAAACUAAAACAGCGUCAGUGCUGGAGAUCACAUCCAAUAGGAUCACCUGCUUAAAAAAAUACAAUCAAAAGAGAGUCUCUGCUGUGUGAGCUGCAGUACCUGCCAUGUUCUGCAAGGUAUCGUUAGUGUAUAGAGCAGAAUUUGAGAUCUGUUUCCUGCAGACCUGUAUUUAAACUGCAUAGAGACAAUCGACUUCAGGGGGAAGGUUAUUUUAACACACACUGCUUAGCUUUAGGGGAAAAUUGAGCUCACUAAUUCAGCUGAAGAAAUGCCCAUAUGAUCGUUAUUAGAUUAAUACUGCUCGCUGCCUUCAUUGUUUUUUUUUUUAAAUGUUUUCUUGUCUUUUUCUUGUGUUUUUUUGAUAAUGUUACAGUGUGUCAACUAGGAACAGGUUUUAACAGUGAAUAAAGACACUCGUGCAUGUGCAUCUGUUUCUGUUUGUUCAUUCUGUUCUGAUUUAAUUAAAAUGAUUCGAGUGGUAACGCUGGGCAAGGCAGAGCAUGUGGAGGAUGCAGAUAUGAAGGCCCUGGGGGGGCUGAGCAGCCUUCCACAUUGAUGCUCAUUUCCCAGGUGCUUGUGUCACAGUUGAAAGGCGCACUGCUCAUUUAUUCUGAAGGUAAUUGUGUUUUAAUAAUCCCUUUGACUGAUUAAAGGCAGUGUUUCACAAGCAAAUGUUGCCUAGUUUCUAAUACAGUAAUCCGCUGCAUAUCAGUCUGCGGUGGGACCAGAGUA